AUGUUACUUCCGGCAAGAACAUUGGCAUUCCUUUCCACUGUACUUCUAUGGUCACUCACGGUUGUUGUCCAUGCCGCCCCUUCCACUGGCAAGGCCAUCACUGGCUACUUUCCAAACUGGCUGUAUGCUCGCUAUCCUGUGACCUCCGUUGAUUUCUCAAAGUAUACGCAUAUCAACUAUGCUUUUGCUAUCAUGAUCAAGGGCAACACCCCCGAGUGGACAGAUGCACAACAAGUCGAAACCCAAUUGCCUCAGCUCGUCAAGGCCGCUCAUGACAAAAAUGCCAAAGUUUUGAUCUCUAUCGGUGGAUGGAGUGGCUGUCUUACGUUAAGUCCCAUGGCAGCAAGCGCUUCGGGUCGUCAAGAAUUCAUCAACUGGAGUACCCAACAAAUUGACAAAUAUGGCAUCGACGGUAUUGAUAUCGAUUGGGAAUAUCCUGGUCGUCAAGGCGCUGGCUGUAACGUCAUUGAUCUUCAGAACGAUGCCAAGAACUAUCUGACCUUGUUGCAAGAGAUGCGCGCUGCUUUGGACAAAAAGUACAAGAAGGGUACCAAGGAAUUGACUGCUGCUGUCCACGUUCGUACAUUCAACACGCCUUCUGGCAACAUGCAAGACGUCAAGGCUUAUGCUGCUGUUCUCGAUCGCGUCAACCUGAUGACGUAUGACAUUAACGGUGGAUGGAAUACGACUACUGGACCCAAUGCGCCUUUCAACUUCCAACCAGGUUUUGGUGAUAGCGAUAGCUUUGUUUCUUCCAUUGAUGGUUGGCUCAAGGCAGGUAUGCCUGCAAACAAAAUCUCUCCCGGUCUCGCAUUCUAUGGUCGCUCAACCACUGCCACUGUCGAUAUGAGCAAGACCAAUCAAUAUCAGCCUCAAAAACAGAGUCAAAACCCCAAAGGCGACUCAUACGAUGCAUUCUGGCAAGAUCCUUACUGCAGCAAAGACCCUGGAAGCAUGUCUGGCAUCUGGCGGUACGGCAACUUGCGCUCGGAAGGCGUCCUGACAACGCCAACGACGGCAGCAUCACCCUGGAUCCGCAAAUGGGACAAGGUGACACAGACGCCGUGGCUCUUUAACCCCACCAACAAGACAUUCGUCUCGUACGAUGAUCCUCAAUCGAUUGCUGUCAAGGUCAAGUACGCCAAGAGCAAGAAACUCGGUGGUGUCAUGGUUUGGUCGGUCGAUGAGGAUUCUUCGAAUGGCGAGUUGUUGAACGAGGUUGCCAAGUUUCGAUCCGGUUAA